AUGUCGAGCACGCCGCGCAGCAUUCACGCGGAUAGAACCAGGAGCGUUCAUCCUGCGUACAAUUUGAACAGAAGGAGCGCGAGCACGCGAGAAGCAAGAACAACAUCAACAACAACAACAAGCAGAACGCGAGGAGGAGGAGGAGAUGUGCGCUUUCGUUCCUGCCAACCUUGUUUUGCGUUCGGAGGAAAACGAGGACGGGACCCGUUCGCGCCGACGAAACAGAAAGUUGCACCCCCGACGUUGCUUUCUUCUUCACUUCAAGAAGAGGAAAAAUCUGAAUUGCCCAACUGUUUCGAGAAGAAGGAAAAGGAUAGCGAAGACGAGAAGGACGAAAACGAUAUAAUUCCAAACAUUUUGCGAACUCCACGAGAAAGGCGGCGAGAGAACGAGGCAGAAAUUCCUAGUGGAGAGAGCGAGAUACGUUUCGUUUCUCUUAGUGAACUCUUUCCCGAAACCGGCUUCUCUCAAAUAUUUCAUAGAGAAGCUUGCUUUCGAACCGCUGUGCGCGCAGCAAUGCGAGAGGAUCUCUUUAAAGAAAGCGCUUUGCUGUCUGAGAAUCAGAACAAGGCGAUCAAGUCUCUAAACAGUUCUCUCAUGGUUCCUUGGGGGCAAAUUCCAAAAGAUUCCGAACUCAACGCUUUGACAAAACUAUUCAAAGAGUACAAAAUAUCCGAUCUGACCGGUAAAAAAUUUAUCGAAGAGAUAACAAAACUAUGUGGUUCCAAUCCGCACGGCAGUUUAAUAGAUAUCAGCAAUCCUGCGCUGAAUAGAAAGAAAAUGAAACAUUCUUGGCAUCAAGAUUCUGGGUUAGACGAUCGUUUCACUGUGAUGUUAGGAUUUCCAUCGGAAAAUCUCCGCAAUGCGAAUGAGCUAAAGGAGGGUGUUUUCUCCCACGCCGUGAGGCUUUCCCAUCGCGUGUUUUGGCCAAACGACGAGGUUGGAAGCGUCAUCGAGUGGGAAAGCUUUCCUUGCGGGGAGCCACGAGAUCAUGAAAUUGCAGAAUCAUACAUUAUUAGGCCACUGUAUGGAAUUAACCAAGAAAUAAUGGUGUAUUGCGACGCUAAAGUUAUCCAUUCAGCACCAGAUUUUAUCAACAGAGAAGCAGUCUGGCGGUUCAUGUGA